AUGAAUUGCUGUAUAGUAGUACCAUAUGAUUUAUGCUUCUACAUCCUUUCAGUAGAAGUUAAUUUUGUUUUCUCUUCUGAAGCUAGCUUUUCAGUUAGCAUUUCAAGAUCUCAGAUUAUUCAAUAUGGAUUUGCAUUUGUAAUCGCUGGAAGGCAUUAUUUAGACCCUUACAAUUUAGCAAAU